UUACCUAACUCGACAUUAUUUUCACUCUCCAAUUCCCCUCUCAUAAGCAAAUCUUCCUUUCUUUAUACACUGACGAUUGAGAAAUAGCAAUAGUAUUACCACUUCAGUUGACUAGCGCAGGGAUCAACACUUCUUGCUCUUGCUGGAAAGCAAAAGUACAAGCUGAGAAUAACCAAGAAAGUUAAGAGAGUUACAACUUAAUGACGAAAGAUAAAGGCAUGGCUGUAGGCGUUGGGGGUCAUGAAAGGCUUAUCAAUGGCCAGGGCUUAGAGGUUGAAGGUAAGAUCACUGAUGCUGUGGUCAUCACCUGCAUCGUGGCUGCAUCAGGUGGUCUCAUUUUUGGAUAUGACAUUGGCAUUUCAGGUGGGGUGACUACAAUGGAACCAUUUCUUCAAAAGUUCUUCCCGUCAAUACUGAAGAAUGCUGCCGGUGCCAAAACUAAUGUCUAUUGUGUAUACGACAGUCAGGUUUUGACAGCUUUCACAUCUUCACUAUACGUUGCCGGAUUAGCUGCGUCUCUCGGGGCUAGCCGCCUCACAGCAGCCCAAGGCAGAAGGAACGUCAUGGUGCUAGGAGGUUUCACAUUCCUUGCCGGAGCUGCUAUCAAUGGCGGGGCUCAGACUAUUGCUAUGCUCAUCCUGGGACGUAUUUUGUUAGGAUUUGGUGUUGGUUUUACUAACCAGGCAACGCCAGUUUACCUUUCAGAAGUAGCUCCACCAAAAUGGAGGGGUGCAUUCAACACGGGCUUUCAAUUUUUCAUUGGCAUUGGUGUAGUUGCAGCAAAUUGUUUGAACUAUGGUGCUGCUAGACUCGAAUGGGGUUGGCGACUUUCCCUUGGGCUCGCCGUAGUACCUGCAGCCAUCAUGAUAAUUGGUGCACUUCUCAUUUCAGACACACCGAGCAGCCUUGUGGAGCGUGGAAAACUGGAAAAGGCCAAGAAAUCUCUAGCCAAAAUCCGAGGAAAAGAAACUGAUAUUGAAGUUGAACUAGCGGAUCUUGUCAAGUCCAGUGAAAUUGCGAAAGCCAUGAAUCGAGAACCUUUCUUGACAAUUUUUGAGAGGCAAUAUAGGCCCCAUCUUGUCAUGUCUAUUGCUAUACCAUUUUUUCAGCAACUCAGUGGAAUUAAUAUCAUUGCCUUCUACGCCCCAGUUCUUUUCCAGUCUCUGGGAUUUGGAAAUGACUCAGCUCUCAUUGGUGCAAUAAUUCUAGGACUGGUUAAUCUUGCUUCCAUCCUUGUGUCCACUGCCGUAGUUGAUCGAUAUGGGCGAAGACUUUUGUUCAUUGAGGGUGGUGCACAAAUGUUCAUUUGUCAGGUUGCGGUUGCAUUUGUAGUAGCUGCGGCGGCGGGUACUUCCGGAACCAGGCACAUUUCUAAGGAAUAUGGUGCCUCCAUAGUGGCGCUGAUGUGCGCCUACGCAGCAGGUUUUGGGUGGUCAUGGGGUCCUCUCAGCUGGCUCAUUCCAAGUGAAAUAUUUCCGGUGAAAAUUCGAACGACAGGGCAAAGCAUAAGUGUUGCUGUGAAUUUUGCUACAACUUUCAUCCUGUCUCAAACAUUCUUGACCAUGCUGUGUCACUUCAAGUAUGGUGCUUUUCUUUUCUAUGCUGGUUGGAUCGCUGUAAUGACCAUAUUCAUUGUAUUUUUCAUGCCUGAAACCAAAGGGAUUCCUAUGAAUUCAAUGCAUCAGGUUUGGGAAAAGCAUUGGUUUUGGCGUAGGUUUGUUACGGUGCAGCCGUAGGCGAUAUCUAUGGUGAAACCGAAAAUUAAUUUAGAACCAAGACAAGGUUCAAAUGUUCCUUCAGAUUCGAUUUACUAGUUGGUAAACUGAAGAGAAACGAUCAGGCCCUGAAGAGCUAGUUUGUUAUGAAACUUUGAUUUGUUUCUUUUACAGUAUUGUCAUCAACAGCCUCGAAAGGUAUUCUAACA